GCCUCAGGUUGCCUCCUCUGUGAAAUGGGGGUCCUACGGGAGGCAAAGAGCGGGAGGGCCCGGCGGAGGGUCUGACCUGUGCCAGGGGCGCCCCCCCCCCCCGCCCCGCGCGCCUCUCCCCAGCCGGGGAGCCUCGCCUCGCCUGCGGGUUCCUCGUCCCCGUCCCUCCGCCCCAGGCUCCUCCUCUACUGACAUCAGAGCCGCAGGCGGGCGGGGGGAGCCAGCUGAGCCCAGCCGAGCCCCAGCGAGAGAGCGGGCGGGCGGCGGACCGUGGCGGGAUCUCAGGGUCAGCCGCCUCCAGCCUCCCGACCAGCCCCGCGGCGGGGCAGCCACAGGAGCCCUGGCUACGGCCAGGGGGCAGUGGGCCAUGCCUGGGGCAGUGGAAGGCCCCAGCUGGAAGCAGGCGGAGGACAUUAGGGACAUUUACGACUUCCGUGAUGUUCUGGGAACGGGGGCCUUCUCAGAGGUAAUCCUGGCAGAGGAUAAAAGGACUCAGAAGUUGGUGGCCAUCAAGUGCAUCGCCAAGAAGGCUCUGGAGGGCAAGGAAGGCAGCAUGGAAAAUGAGAUCGCUGUGCUGCACAAGAUUAAGCACCCCAACAUUGUCGCCCUGGAUGACAUCUAUGAGAGUGGGGGCCACCUCUACCUCAUCAUGCAGCUGGUGUCAGGAGGGGAGCUGUUUGACCGCAUCGUGGAAAAAGGUUUCUACACGGAGCGGGAUGCCAGCCGCCUUAUAUUUCAGGUGCUGGAUGCUGUCAAGUAUCUGCACGACCUGGGCAUCGUACACCGGGACCUCAAGCCAGAGAAUCUGCUGUACUACAGCCUGGAGGAAGACUCCAAGAUCAUGAUCUCCGACUUUGGCCUCUCCAAAAUGGAGGACCCCAGCAGUGUACUCUCCACGGCCUGUGGGACCCCGGGAUACGUGGCCCCUGAGGUCCUGGCACAGAAGCCCUACAGCAAGGCAGUGGAUUGCUGGUCCAUCGGAGUCAUCGCCUACAUCCUGCUCUGCGGUUACCCCCCCUUCUAUGACGAGAAUGAUGCCAAACUCUUUGAACAGAUUUUGAAGGCCGAGUACGAGUUUGACUCUCCUUACUGGGACGACAUCUCUGACUCUGCCAAAGACUUCAUCCGGCACUUAAUGGAAAAGGAUCCAGAAAAGAGGUUCACCUGUGAGCAGGCCUUGCAGCACCCAUGGAUUGCAGGAGAUACAGCUCUGGAUAAGAAUAUUCACCAGUCGGUGAGCGAGCAGAUCAAGAAGAACUUUGCCAAGAGCAAGUGGAAGCAAGCCUUCAAUGCCACGGCUGUGGUGCGGCACAUGAGGAAGCUACAUCUGGGCACCAGCCAGGAAGGGCAGGGACAGACUGCGAGCCAUGGGGAGUUGCUGACACCAGCAGCUGGGGGUGAGGACCAGGGCUCUGUGGAGGGGCGUGCGUGGUCCAUGAGGAGGCGACCAGGUUGGAGUGGAGGGUCUGCUUCCACAGCCAAGUUUGUUUUCUCUUCUCAUGUAGGGUCAGCAGCUGGCUGCUGCUGUCGAGACUGCUGUGUGGAGCCGGGCCCGGAAAUGUCCCCCAGACUGCCCCCUCACCUCUAGGACGCUGGAUCCAGGGUCAGGAUCCCCUGUGUGGGGGAGAUGGGGGCAGCCUACUCCCCUUCCCUCCUUGAACUGGGGUUACCCUGCCCUACCCCACCCUUUCCCUACCACGCCUCCACUGCAUUUUCCAUACAAAUGUUUCUAUUUUAUUGUUCCUUCUUGUAAUAAAGGGAAGAGGAUAAAACCACA